UGAUAUUGUUUUAUUGAAAACAUUUGCAACGCACGUCAAAAAGUUGUAUUUUUCUCAAAGAAUUAUAAACAGAAUACCGUUAAAACCAUCAUAAACUAUGUCUUUGGUUGCAUACGCGGCGAGCAGUGAUGAGGAAUCAGAUAAUGAUGAAGAGUCAACUCCUACGCAAGUGCAAUUAAUAAAACCAACCGCUGCGACUCAAAAUGGAGGACCACCAGUAAAAGCGACUGAACCCAAUGGACAUAUUAGUGAUGACGACGACGACUAUAUACCUCAAGAAGUAUCCUUACAGGAGCUGAAGGCGACUUCUACGGGUCGGCUAUUGCUUAGCCUGCCGAAGCCAAAAGUGGCUGCUGAGCCAAAUCCGCAGGAGCAAAAGGAAGAUGACCAAGUGGCCCAGGCAUUUGCGAAGCUGCCUAUGCCAAGGACCUCAAAAAAAGUAGCGGCUAUUAUCGAAGAAGUGGACGACGAGUUCUUACACAAAAAGGCAAUACCCACCGCAGGUAGCGGUACAUUGGAAAAACCACCGCCAGCUGCGGCCAGGGGACGCGUUAAAAUUAGUAUACCAUCACUCAGCGAGUACGCUGAUGUGGACAAGGAGCUGGCGGAAAAACUGAAAACAAAACAACCGCAGCUCAAGUCAACAAAGGGCUGUGGCUUGCUGAGCAUUUUACCACAGGCUAAAUCUGAGCGUGAUUUCGCAAGAAAACCGGAGCCAGUGUCAGUCAAGCCUACUAACAAAAACGAUCCAACUCCACAGCCCAGCAAGAAUGCUCUGAAAAUCAAUACCUCUCCAGCGUUCGUACCGGAUACAGUUAAACAAAGACGCACUGCUCAUAAUACCGAAGGAGUCGAUGGAAUUAAAGCGCCGUCUGCAAAGCCAUCCAAGCCUUCCAAACCAACUGCCUCACUGGUGAGCGUCAGCGACAGUGAAGACGAGGAAGAGGUAGCCAAUGCUGGUGACUUUUUCUCGCUGAACAGCGAACAGCAGUUGCCAGAGGUUAGCAGCAACGAGAUUAGCGCCUUGGUGGCCAAGCGAGCAGCCAAAAUGAUGGAAGCCAGUAACAAGUAUUUGACGGAGGUGGAAGAACGUAAGGUAGAUGAAGAGGAGGUGAUGCAAGUAGAAUCCGAACAGCUGCAGCAUGCGCAGAAACGCUAUCAUCAGCAAUUGAAUACGGAGGCCAUGGAUGCGCUCGUUGGCAAGAAUGCUAAGAGGCGACGUAAGGAGGUAAAGGAAAUGCAGGUGAUUGACAUUGUUGGCGAUCAAGUGAUGCCCGAUCGCGAGGAAUGGAUGCGUACAGCGUUGGCAUCGGCCACCACAUUCCAACCAACGGGCGUGCUGACGGAUGAAGAGCCAGUGGCGGGCACAAGGCGUAAACAUCAAAUCACAUACCUGGCACACAAAGCGAAGGCGAAUGAAGCCGAAUUGCAGGCCAUGUGGUCGGCCAAUAGGCAAACGCGUCGAGCCACACAAAGCAAAUACGGAUUUUAAUGAAUCCUCUUUGCG